AUGUCAAUAAAUUGGUGCAAAUAUGUGCUUGUUACCUUCCUAAUAGCCCUUACCAUCUUGUCUCAAAGUGAAGCCUCCGUAGUUCGUCUAUUAACGGAGACGCUGCAGAACAAUGUGGCUGGAGAACCCAUAACGCAUGUGCGCACCGAAUGGGAUUUUGACCCGGAAGUAAGCCAGAAACGACGCGCGCUCUUCUAUGAGACCCACGGCUAUCGGGCGGCCAAAUUUAUUGAACGAAUCGGCUUGGGAAUCGAUGGACACGAAGAGGAACGACGGGCAGAACAACGGGCGCGUGAUGUAGGGCGCCUUAAUGGCGAACAUAAUAUCAACUUUCCACCAGAACCGCAGCCGCAAUACGCAUAAUUGAGGAUGAUUCG